AUGGAUCCUGAAGACAGUCCCGAAACACAGGAGGGAAAAGGCAAGAUUUUUGGCUUGAAGGGGAAGAAGAAGAAGAAAACAAACACAGAUGUGGUCCUGGCAAAUAAGGGCGCUUUGGAACAUGAGGAGCUGCCCUCUGAAGAAUCUUCCCUGGUGGAGGGAGAAAACACAAAUAUUGAGGAACAACCAGGAACCUCUGCAGUCAAAACCAGAAUAAUACCAAACACUAAGAGGUCCAAACUUAUAACUCGCAUCCAGGACAGUGAAAAGAAACCACAGAGCUUCCAGAUUGCCAUCAACAUCACAGAGGCCAGGCAGCUUGUGGGAGAAAACAUUGACCCCAGUGUGGUCAUUGAGAUUGGUGAUGAGAAAAAACAGACAUCAGUCAAAGAAGGAACCAAUGCUCCGUUUUUCAAUGAGUAUUUUGUGUUUGACUUCUUUGCCCAUAAAGAGGUCUUCUUCGACAAAGUCAUCAAGCUGACAGUAAUGCAUUCUAAGAUGCUGAGGAGUUUCACGAUUGGCUCCUUUAAGCUGGAUGUGUGGACUGUCUACAAACAGCCAGGUCAACAGUUCAUCAAUAAAUGGGCAAUGCUGACCAAUCCUGGAGACAUUGGCACUGGGGUCAAAGGAUAUGUCAAGUGUGACAUCAGUGUCUCAGGGAAGGGAGAUGCCAUACAGCCAGGACAAAAAGCAAGUGAUGCUGAAGAGCAGAUAGACAAGAACCUGCUGAUACCGGAAGGUUUUCCCUCUGAACGACCCUGGGCUCGUUUCUGUGUGAAGGUGUAUCGAGCUGAGGGUCUUCCCCGGAACAACUCAAGCAUCAUGGCCAACGUCACUAAGGCCUUUGUAGGAGACAACACAGCGCUCAUAGACCCAUAUGUAGUGGUUAGCUUCUUCAAGCAAGUGGGUCGUACAUCCACACAGAAGUCCUCAGCAGACCCUGUGUGGAAUGAACAGAUCGUCUUUACAGAGAUGUUUCCACCUCUGUGUCAGAGAAUGAAGAUUCAGGUUUGGGAUGAGGGAAGCAUGAGUGAUGUUGCCAUAGGAACCCAUUUCUUUGACCUAAGACGCAUCUCCAAUGAACAGGAUGGUGACAGAGGGUUUUUACCAACCUUUGGUCCUUCUUGGAUCAACCUGUAUGGCUCUGCCAGAAACUAUUCAUUGGGUGAAGACUCAGGGGAGCUUAAUGACGGAAUUGGAGAGGGCGUGUCCUACAGAGGGCGCAUCUACAUGGAGCUAGCAGUGGAGGUCCUUUCAGGAGGGGCAGGUUCGGAGUCCAAACUCAGCCGAAUGAUCAAGCCUGCGAAGGACACCAAAGCAGGGAAGUCUGGAGGGAAGGAUGGUAAGACCCCUGCAGGAGGAGGAGCAGGAGGAGCGGCAGGAGGAGCUGCUGAUGAUGACAAAGGAAAAGCUGCUGCAGCAGAGGUCCUGCCUGUGGAAGCUCCUCCUGUGAGUGCAGACGACAAGGAGGGCUUCCUGCUGUUUGGAACGUUGUUUGAAGCCUCCAUGAUUGACAGGAAGAUCGGAGACAAGCCCAUCAGCUUUGAAUUCUCUUUGGGUAUUUAUGGUAAUGUCUUGGAGACUGCAAGCCAGCAGACCAGCUUUAGUAUCACCAGUCCUUCUGUCAGUCGAAGAAGAGCUGCGCUUGAAGUCCCAGACAGUGGUGACGCUUUCAGUUCCUCUACUAUCAGCUCCUCCCCUUCCUCCCCUUCCUCCCCCCUCCUACCCAGAUCCCCUCAGGAACCCAUCCAGAUUACCAAGUCCAUCACGCCUCCCGAAAAACCAGUCAUCGUUGAAGGAAACAGGUACUUCAUGUAUCUGCCCCUGGUGAAACAGAAACCUUGCAUCAGUGUGCUGAGUUACUGGGAGGACAGAACUUACCGACUCUACCACUCCAACAUGAUGGAUAACAUAGCUGUGCUGUUUGAGGAGGGUUUGUCCCGUGCAGCUGAGCUUCACAGGAAGAAAGACCCAGGGGCGGAGGACAUGAUAAAAAUUGUCCUCAAAGAGUUCUGUACAGACACCAGGAGUUUCAUAACAGCAGCUGAGGCCAAGUUGAAAGCGGAGGUCAAGUCCACUUACCUGACACAGUUGGACAAGAAACGCCUCACAAUGUGCACACAAGAACUGGAGAUUAUGAUCGAAGAGGCACAGUCCCUGGUGGAGGGGAAGAGGAAAGCUGUUGGUGUGAAAAACCUGCUGCAGGAUGCAACAAAACUCAUAAGCAAGCUACGCUUUCUUGUGGUGGAGCCCCAACAUACAGUCCCAGACGUGUUUGUGUGGUUACUAAGUAACAACAAACGUGUUGCAUAUGCACGGAUUCGAGCCAGAGACCUGUUGUUCUCCAGCAUCCAGGAGGCCAAAGGAAUUCACUGUGGCAAGAAAAUAACGCUUUUUUUGAAGUCUCCAGGGAAGCGUGGUACAGGUUUGUCAGUCCAGGCAAAGGUGGAUGUAUAUCUGUGGUUUGGCAAAUGUUCAGAAUCUUUCCACAUGCUGGACAACCUGCCUGCAGGCUUCACUCCUGCCACAGGGGGCGCUGAUGCCAGCUACACUCCCUCACACCUGGUCUGCACAGAGCAGCAUAAGUUCCAGUUGAGGUGCCACAUGUAUCAGGCUCGUGGUCUGAUUGCUGCAGACAACACCGGUUUGUCUGACCCGUUUGCUCGAGUCACCUAUCUGUCACACAGCCAGACUACCAAUGUGAUUAAUCAGACUCUCAGCCCUACAUGGAAUCAGUGUUUGCCGAUGGACCGCCUCCUGCUGAGCGGAGACUUGCAGUACAUCCAGCAGGAACCACCUCGCCUCAUCAUUGAGGUGUAUGAUGACGAUGCACUGGGUAAGGCGGAGUAUCUGGGGGCUACAGUGGCAGUCCCAGAGGUGCGGCUGGCCUCUGACACUUACUCACCUCCAACACUGCAGUACAGCCCACUUCACUGUGGCAGCCAGUCAGGAGGAGACCUGUUGGCUGCCUUUGAACUGGUGCAGAUUCCAGAGUCUGGAGAGCAGAUUCUGCCGGCAUUACAGGAGCAAGAAGGAGGCAUCUACAGGGUUCCUGCAAACAUCAGGCCGGUUCUCAGCACCUUCAGACUGGAGGUGUUAUUCUGGGGACUGAGGGAGCUGAAGAAGGUUCAGUUACUGUCUGUUGAUCGCCCACAGGUCUUCAUAGAGUGUGCAGGGAAAACAUUGCGUUCUUCCGUCAUUCAGAAGUAUAAGUCCAACCCAAACUUCACUACACUGGUUGAUUCCAUGGAGCUUGAGUUACCAGAGAAUGAACUCCUCCACCCUCCCCUCAGUAUCACUGUUGUUGAUUGGCGGGCCUUUGGUCGCAGCACGUUGGUUGGAAACCACAUCAUCGUCAACCUCAAGGCCUUCAAAUACACUCCACCUCCAGCCCCACCUGCUCCCAUACAGAAACACACACCGCUCGAAGUUAGAUUCAGCUUUGAACCUGCCCCGACACCAGAGCCACAAACAACUGAGGGACUGUCUCAGCCCGCUGGAGAGGGCAGUUCCACCAAUCAGGAUUUCCUGAUCACUGUUGAGGAAGAAGUCUCUCCCCGACCCCCUGCCCCGCCCUCCCAAAAGCCUGAACGUAAAAAGAAAAAGGAUAGCAGCUCGAAGAGCGCUCGGCAUCGUUCCACCAAGAGGAAGAAGCGGACCAUCGCUGACGAAUCAGCAGAGAGUGUCAUCGAUUGGUGGUCCAAGUACUACGCGUCUGUAGAUAAACAGGCUGUGCAUAAGGCGUGCUCUUCACUCCCCUUAGUUUUUGAACCGGAAAAAGUUCAGUCGUGCUCCCACUUGCUCAACGUUGGAAUAGACACCUUGGUCAACCUUAUACCGGAUGCAGACAAGAGGAAGAAACUGAAAGGAAAAGAAGCCCUGCAGCCAAGCCUGACUUCGCCUUCUAAACUAGCCACACUGCAGUUGUACAACAAGGAGCUGGAGGAAGAGUUUGGGCCUUUCGACGACUGGGUGAACACAUACGAGCUGUUCAAAGGGAAAGCCAAUGAGGAAGAGGGGACAUCACAGGAGAGGUUCGUCGGCAAAUUCAAGGCGCGUUUCUGCCUGUAUAAGCUGGCUGAGGCAGAGGACUGGGAAGAUGCUGGGGAAUUCAGAGUCAGCAGAGGAAUUCCACCUAAUGACCUGGUCCAAGUCCUCGUCCGGGUUUACAUCGUCUCUGCGUCUAACCUUCACCCAGCUGAUCCGGAUGGGAAGUCAGACCCUUAUAUCGUUCUUCGGCUUGGCAAGAAUGAAAUCAAAGACAGAGAUAACUACAUCCCUAAACAGCUAAACCCUGUGUUUGGGAGGUCUUUUGAGAUGCAGGUGACAUUUCCUCGGGAGUCUCUGCUGUCGGUGGCAAUCUAUGACUACGACAUGGUGGGAGGGGACGACCUAAUAGGAGAGACUCGCAUUGACCUGGAGAACAGAUUCUACAGCCGACACAGAGCCACCUGCGGACUCCCUGCUGAGUACAGUCUAGAUGGUUAUAAUGCCUGGAGAGACUGUUUGAAGCCAUCAGAGCUGUUGUCCAGGCUGUGCAGGGAAAACAAUCUGGAUGGUCCUCAUUUCUAUCCAGGACGCAUCACUCUGGGUGACAAAGUCUUCGCUGGAAAGACACGCUUCAUGCAUGAAGAUGAGUUGGUGGAGUCCUAUGAGCACUUGUCUCUGAAGAUCCUGCAUCGCUGGGCGGAGAUCCCAGCUGUGGGAUGCAAACUAGUGCCAGAACACAUCGAGACCAGAACUCUGUUCAACAAGGCCCGACCCGGGAUGGACCAGGGUCAGGUCCAGAUGUGGGUAGACAUAUUUCCCAUAGACUUGCCUCAUCCUGGACCUGCAGUGGACAUUUCACCUCGAAAACCCAAAGGGUAUGAGCUGCGUAUCAUCAUCUGGAACACGGAGGAUGUGAUUCUGGAGGACAGUAACUUCCUGACCGGUCAACAGUCCAGUGAUAUCUACAUCAAGGGUUGGCUGAAAGGUUUAGAGGACGACCGACAGGAGACAGACGUCCACUACAACUCUCUGACUGGAGAGGGAAACUUCAACUGGCGCUUUGUCUUCCCCUUCUACUACAUGCCUGCUGAGAAGGUAAUAGUGGUGAAGAAGAGAGAGAGUAUUUUCUCUUUGGAUCAGACAGAACAGAAGCUUCCUGCCUUCCUCAUUCUGCAAGUCUGGGACUUUGAGACGCUCUCCUCUGAUGACUUCCUAGGAACGGUGGAGUUAGACCUCCACAGUUUUCCUCGGGGAGCAAAAACAGCCAAGGUGUGUAAGACGGACAUGUUGGUGGAACGCUCAGACAGAAUCUCCAUUUUCCAGCAGAAGAGAGCAAGAGGCUGGUGGCCCUUAAGCAAGUCUGGAGAGCUGACAGGGAAAGUGGAGGCAGAGUUCCAUCUCGUGACAGCUGAAGAAGCGGAAAAGAAUCCCGUCGGCCGAGCCCGCAAGGAGCCGGAGCCGCUGCCCAAACCAAAUCGUCCAGACACCUCCUUCUCCUGGUUUGUCAACCCGUUUAAGUGUUUCUUUCACCUGAUUUGGCGAAACUACAAGAAGUACAUCAUCAUCGCCCUGAUCCUGCUCAUCACAGCGCUGUUCCUUGCCUUGCUGUUCUACACACUGCCAGGAGCCAUCUCCCAGAAGAUAAUCAAUGGAUAACACACACACACACACACACAUAUACACAUACACCAAACAACAAACCUAGGCAAUGUUCACACUUUUGAUCUACACAUAUGCUGAAAAUUAUGAAUAACUAAGAUUAUGUAACCCCCUCCCUCUUAAAGAACCAUUGUCGUCUGGUAAAUAUCUGCAGAUGUUCUUGUUAAGAAGCCUUGAUAUGUUUCCCAGUAAACUUUAAAUUAUGUAAUACCUCCCAAAUGGUGUCUUAAUCAGGCACAAGCAGCGUUUAAGUUGUACAAACUUCAUCUCCCCUCUAAGUAUACUACCCACACACUGAAAAGCUCAUAAUGUCCUAUAAUUAACGGAGAGAGUCACAUAAACAUUAGAAAACAUAAUGAUCAGUUGUCAGUGUGGUAUUACAUUUAAUCCAUGUUGACCAUAUAUGGGGGAGGUUCAUACUUUUUAAGGUUUCUACAGUAUAAACACACAUUUCACAUUAAGUUAUACAUUUACUUUCUGUAUACUAUACAAGAAAUACACAAUUCUCUAUAAUGUUGUUGAAGUGUUUUUAUUUGAAUAUUUGUGUGUAUUACAAUUUGUAUACGAGUUUACACAACCUGUUUAUUCAACUAAGUUACUGAUGUAAAAUGAGGAUAAAAUAUAUAUCAUGAGUAGGUAACCACAAAGACACAGUGAUCCACAUCUGUUGAUCUAAUUUCUGUCGGUAUAUCUUGCAAAACAUAAGGUGCUUGUGGUUUGACCUAAUGAAGUUCCACCACUUUGUCAUUUGUGCUUAGUAAAGACAUGAAUGCUGUUUUGGUGUGUAU